AUGGCAAAUAUCAUGCUGGGAAAAGCUGCUGAAAAUAAGUUGUCCCAAAUUCCUCUUUCAAAUGACACCAUCAGCAGCAGAAUAGAUGACAUGAGCAAUGACAUAUUGGCUCAAGUAGUUGCAGAUCUGAUUUCAAGCCCAGCAAAAUUCAGCCUCCAACUAGACGAGACCACCGAUGUUUCCAGUCUAUGCCAGCUUGCUGUGUUUGUGCACUAUGUGAAAGACGACAUGAUAAAGGAAGACUUUUUAUUUUGUAGGCCUCUCACAACAACAACUAAAGCAGCCGACGUGAAGAAACUUGUGGAUGACUUCUUCAGAGACAACAAUCUUUCGUGGGAUAUGGUUUCUGCAGUUUGUUCGGACGGAGCUCUAGUCAUGCUGGGACAAAAAUCUGGUUUCAGUUCGCUGGUGAAAGCAGAUGCACCACACAUCAUUGUUACACACUAUGUUCUGCACAGGCAUGCAUUGGCAACAAAAACCUUGCCUCCAAAACUCGCAGAAGUAUUAAAAAUUGUAGUGGAAUGUGUGAACUAUGUGCGAAAUAAUGCUCUGAAGCACCGCAUCUUCAAAGAACUGUGUAAUGAAAUGGGCUCUGAAUUUGAAGUGCUUCUGUACCAUUCAAACAUUCGCUGGUUAUCCCGGGGAAAGAUGCUGAAUUGUGUUUUUGCCAUGCGUGUGGAAUUUGUCCUGUUUUUGCGAGAUCACAAACACUGUCAUGCAGAUUACUUUGAAAAUUCUGAGUUUAUUCUCAUUUUGGCAUACAUGGCCGAUAUCUUCGAUGCUCUCAAUCAUCUCAAUCAACAGAUGAAGGGCGGUGGAGCCAACAUCAUCGAAGCGGAAGAAAAUUUGAAGGCUUUUCAAAAAAAGCUACCGUUAUGGAAACGACGAACAGAGAAUGAUAACUUUGCAAACUUUCCCCUGCUGGAUGACUGUGUAAGUAAGAUCGAAGACGUGUCCGGUAUCGGAGACAUUUCUGUACCUGGGGAACUGAAGCAAGCAAUUGCCAUGCACUUAGAUGAGCUCGCAAAGUCUCUCAACGGAUACUUCCCCACCAGAGAGUCAUAUCCAGCAUGGGUGAGACAGCCGUUCACGUUUAGUGUUGCGACAACAGAUGUCAAUGAUGAAUACCUGGACGAAAUCAUUGAACUGCAGCAGAGCCAGGUUCAACAGCAACUCUUCAGAACAACAACGCUCUCAACGUUUUGGUGUCACCAAAUCGUAGCGUACCCUCUUAUUGCUAAGAAAGCCCUCGAGAUACUCAUACCAUUUGUUACAACAUAUCUUUGCGAGCAGUCCUUUUUGAGGAUGGUAGACAUAAAAACAAAGAAAAGGAACAGACUUUGUUGCGAAAAUGAUAUGAGAGUGGCACUUGCCGUGGUGAAGCCGCGCAUUUCUGAAAUGGUCUCUGAAAGGCAACACCAAAAGUCACAUUGA